GGAAGGAGCCAAUCAGACGCGGAGGGAACGAAGGAAGGAGCCAAUCAGGAGCGGAGGGAGGAAAAGUAGUCCUGGCGGGCGGUUUGGAAAAACAAAAUGGCGGCCAGGCCGCUUCAGGAGGUGGUUCUUCGCUUCUGCGGCUUCCUUCAGCAGGUACAUGACGAAGGAAAGAAGAAUGCCAAUGAAGGACGAUGUGUCUUUGAGGUGGAAGUGCAAGGCUAUUUGAAUGGUGAGGGAUGUGCAAAUCCCUUGGAGAAUUUCUGGAACAAAAGCGGCGAAGUGAUUAUUCUGGAGAAAGUGAAACCAUGUGAAGAAAACAAUGCGCUAGAAGGUCAGCAAGUAGAUGACGCCUCCGUUUCUUUGGCUUCUCCAAAAGAGAAUCCUUCGGCAUUUGCUUUACCGGUUUCAAGAGCAAGGCAGCUGAUUUCAUUCUACACAAUGUCUCAAAACCCAAAUAUGAGCCACUUAGAAAGAAAUGAAUCAGCCCCGCUUCCUCCGCUGUGGGUGCGAUGUGAUGGCUCUGAUCCUAAACAAACUAUUUGGAUGGGAGCCGAGCCUCUCAGAGCCGGAAGCAACCCAGAAGGCAUCCUUCUCCAUUCAGUCACGUGUGUCGGUCCUGUGCCAAAGAAAAAAAUUUCUGCAGACCUGGAAAAACUGAAAGAGAAUCAUCGAAUGAGACAUCAUUCUUCUGAUCUGACCAUAAGGGGCUUUGCCCGUUAUGAGUUCCUUGAAACCACUUCACUGGAGUCCCUCUCCUUAGAGGACACGCUCACUCCCCUGGAGAGAAAUAUAUAUGCGGAUUUCACUUGGAACAACGUCACAAAGAUUCUACAGACGCCUCCCCUCACUUCAGUUGCUAUACUGAAAGUGCAAAUGGCGUCUGGGAGCACCUUGAGUUCUGUGUAUGAGCUGAACAGGGAGCUGCAGUUUCUCCUUAGUUUAGCUGAGAGCUUGAAGACUGGCACAACUGACUGGCCGAAGCGUUUGGGACAGAAACCUGCUAUUGAACUUGUACAAAAACUCUUGAAAGAUUUAAAGGAUGAAGUAGAUGGGUUGAAGAUACCAAACAAAAAUGAAUCUGAGAGUCCUCAAGACAAUACCACUGCAGCCUAUGGUUCCAUGAAAGCUCUUUUUAGUCGGAGAGGAGACCUGGAUUUUGUGGAGCAGCUGUGGUCUAAGAUAUGGGCAAAUAUUGUUUCAUAUGAAGAACUGGUGACGUGUUUCACAUUAGUAAUGAAAUCCCUUCAAUGUGGUGAACUGCAGGCACCGGUUCAUCAAGGAAGUAACAGUUUGCUGAGCAAACUAAUUAGACAGUCUUAUCACGGAAAUGUUGAAACGGUUUCUCUUAGUGGUGAUACUCCAAUACGAAUGCUUCUGGAAAUCGGUGUGGAUAAGCUGAAGAGAGAUUAUGUCAGCUAUUUUGUAGGCAAAGAACUUGCAACACGUAUUCACCUGGAAUACUUCUUGUCUACAUCUGUAGAACUGCAGGAACAGGUUCAUCAUGUUCAGAAGCUCCAUCAUAUGCUGGAAAUAGUGCACAACUGUGUGGAACUUCUGAAGCUUGAGCAAGAGAACCUCAUCUUUCUGACACAGUCCUGUAUAAACUACUACAAGGAAAAACCCCUGAAUGAAAAACAUGUAUUUCAACUACCAGUUAAGACAGCUUUUGUGAAGGAGUUCUACCAAAAUGCUUACCCGCAAGUCUGGAGAGUGGAAAUCAGCAGCGGACAAGGACUGAAAAAAGUGAGAACAAUGUGGCAAUUCAGCACCAGCCCUCCAGCUCAACAAAUGAACUCAAGCAGCUUUGGCCUCCUGGAUGAUACAGACGUUUGUGGCCAUAAAGAGGAAAUGUGUUUUAUCACCAUGACUGAUAGUUGUCCGGUAUAUUUUUGAUAACAGUAGACUAUUUAGGCAUUCUCAAAACUGUUAUUGGUAAACGACAUAAUGAUGAAAUUAGCUGCAUUAUAGCUUAAGAAGAGUGAAUGCAAAGGGUAAAAAUGUAUAUAUAUAUAACCGCUGGGUGUAUUUCAUAUAUGCACAUAGAUAUGUAUAUAGUAUUUAUGUAAUAUUUACAGUAUGUCUGGUGCCUUUACUAAACACGGGAAGGAGAGGGAACUCACAGUCAGUAUUUUUAGGACUGUCUUUCUACGGAAUCGACCCAGGAGAUGGUUCUGUCCCUGCCAGAUUGUCCAGAAGUUACAUUGGUGCAUCACAAUGACUGUUAAAUGUUUAAAUUAACCCAGAAGCAUGCCAACAGGGUUGGAAGACAAAUAUUGUUUGUAUCUCUAAGAAAGGAGGCCUUUUUGAAAAAAAUAAAAACAAAAAACGUCAACAA